CACAGUUCGUCGUCAGCGUUUUUAGUCACAUCAAGGAUCCAGGCUGCGAGCACACUGCGUAAAGAUGGAUUCGACUUUGCUCUUUUGCGUCUUCGUUGCAGUUUUUGCAUUUUCACCGUCGGCGACGGGACUACAGCUGCGGGAUGACCAAACAGAUGACGCUAACGGUAUCGAAACAACAACAGAUCUUAACCAAACCAUUUUGGACACUUUGGAAGAAAAAGUUAUGGAAGCCCUCUAUAAGAUUAGCAAUAAGGCAAUAGAAAGUGUUAAAAAGGCCCAGGAUAAAGUUGACAAACUUGGUGAUGAAGCUCUGGAAAUAGCCGCUAAAUUACAUAAAGAAACCGACCAGGUUGACCGCAUCCAGAAGUCAAUGAAUGAGGCAACCAAACAGAUCGACAAACAGAAUGAUGAGGUCAUUCAGUUAGAAGAAAAAUAUGAGGUAUCACUUCAGUCACUGAGGAACACGACUGCUGAUCUUUCAGCGUCCAAACAAAAGAUAAAGGAAGUUCGGGAAGAAAUCCAAAAUUUAGAGGAGCUUUGCCCAUCUAUCUGCAAACGUUCAACGGACCUCCACCCACGUUUCUCAGAAGUCAAAAUUGACAAGGCAGAAUCGAGUAGCUUUUUGCGAUCACCCAGUAGUAGAACACUGCGUGCAAUAUUAGAUAAUGGGUUCAAACACAACCAACAAAGUAAUAAUGUGAAACUUCGACGUCUUAGACGUGGAAGGAUUAGAGAAUGGAUAGAGGAAAGAAGAGAGGGAAUUCGAGAGAAAGCUAGAGAAAUCCGAGAAAAUAUUGCAGAAAGGAUUCGAGAGAAAGGUAGAGAAAUCAGGGAAAAUAUUGAAGAGAAGAGAGAGUGGUUGAAAGAAAAGGCGUUAGAGGGUCUCGAAUGGGCGAGAGAAAAAAUAGCUAAAAAGAAAAGGAAUGUUUCGAAACGUGCCUUAUGCAAUGAUAAAGAUGCAGCGAGGCAACAAUGCAGAGAAGAAUUGGCAAUUGCAAAGACUACAAUGGAAGAACUAGAAGCAAAUCUCCCCGUGUUACAGACGGCUGUAGAUGCUGCAAUGAAAAUAGCAAAAGCCGAUGAAAAUUUAUUGAAUGCUGCAAAAAGGACUCUAACGGAUCUUGAAGAUUCGAUGAAACGCUUGUCUGAUUCACUAACUGACGCUGAGAGUGCCGUGGAUGAUCUUUCGGAAAAAGAAGAACAAGCAAGAAUUGCGUUUGAUGCUGCAAGCAAGAUCUAUGAAAAAAUUAGGAAUCUUGAAAGAUUCGGGAUUGAAGUUGGAUCAAAGAUAAACGAAGUUGGACUCGAUGGUAUUAUUGUGAUAAAGAGGAUACGUCUCGUGAAACAAGCCAAAGCAGACAGCAGAGAACUCGAAGGAACCGCCGUUGCUUCGUUUUUUGGUGGACCCGACCAGAGCUUUUUGUUGCGGGUGAGAUUGUUCGAAAUUGAAAAGAUGGUCGAUGACUUGGUCGAGAAAGUGAAAGAAGCAAUGAAGAUGUUGCCCAUAUCUAAAAACUGAACUUGCAAUUUAUUGUAAUGACAAAUUAUUUAGUUGCAUAAUACAAGAUUUCACUACA